AUGGCGAGAAAGUGGAGGGAGAGAGUUGCCGUAGGGAGGAAGAGAGUACAUCAUCAAGUGGACGGCAGCAAUGCCUCAACCGUGUCAAAAAAAGGCUAUUUUGUUUUCUACACAGCCGAUGAGGGGCGUUUUAAGGUGCCCUUGGGGUAUCUGAACCACCCCAUCUUCCUAGAGCUCUUCAAAAAGUCAGAAGAAGAGUUUGGACUAUCAAGUGAUGGGCCAAUCACAUUGCCAUGUGAUGCAGUCUUCAUGGAUUAUGUGCUCUUGCUCAUCCAAAACGGUGCAGCUAAAGAUUUUGAGAAAGUUUUGCUUAAUUCCAUUACUAUAAGACGCUGCUCAAUUUCUGCUUCCCAACAAGGAUAUGCAGUCCAAAAUUUACUUGUUUCUGUCUGCUGA